AUGGCCACUGCGAGCUCCCCCCCAUCUGCGGUCUUCCCCCGAAGCCAUGUCGGUUUCGACAGCAUUACUUCUCAGAUUGAACGGAAGCUGCUGAAGCGUGGUUUCCAGUUCAAUGUCAUGUGUGUUGGCCAGACUGGUCUUGGAAAAUCCACAUUGAUCAACACCAUCUUUGCCUCGCAUCUGAUCGACUCCAAGGGUCGCUUGACCCCCAAUGAACCCGUACGCUCGACUACGGAGAUUCAAACUGUUUCCCAUAUCAUUGAGGAGAAUGGCGUCCGUCUCCGACUCAACAUUGUCGAUACGCCAGGAUACGGUGACCAAGUCAACAAUGACAGAUGCUGGGACCCAAUCGUGAAAUAUAUAAAGGACCAGCACUCCGCGUACCUCCGCAAAGAGCUUACUGCCCAGCGUGACCGCUACAUCCAAGAUACCCGUAUCCACUGCUGCUUGUUUUUCAUUCAGCCUUCUGGCCAUGCUCUGAAACCUAUCGAUAUCGUUGUUCUGAAGAAGCUGUCUGACGUUGUCAAUGUCGUACCUGUGAUCGCCAAGGCCGAUUCGCUGACUCUCGAAGAACGCCAGGCCUUCAAGGAGCGGAUCAAGGAGGAGUUUGCGUUCCACAACCUCAAAAUGUACCCGUAUGAUAAUGACGAGCUUGACGACGAGGAGCGUGCUGUGAACGCUCGCAUCAAGGAUAUCAUUCCCUUUGCAGUUGUCGGAAGCGAGAGGACUAUCGUCGUGAACGGCCAACCCGUCCGCGGGCGCCAGAACCGCUGGGGUGUUAUCAAUGUGGAAGACGAGAGCCACUGCGAGUUUGUUUCCCUGCGGAAUUUCCUUACUCGUACCCAUCUCCAGGAUCUCAUCGAAACAACAAGCCAAAUUCACUACGAAACCUUCCGUGCCAAGCAGCUUCUGGCAUUGAAGGAGAGCAGCGCCGCAGGUGGCCAUACUGGCGGCAGCCGGCCGAUCAGCCCGUCCGCUGACAGGGAACUGAGCCGCAACUCACAGCGAGUGACGAUGAACGGCUACUGA